GUGAUUGGCUGCGGGUCGGAAAGCUGCGGUGACGUCACCGGGGAUGUCGUGAGCCGGUGUUGUGCAGCUGACUGGCGUCCUCGUAUCUCAGUCAAUAUAAAAACCCGCUCGUUUCCGUCAGAUCGACACUCAAGGCAGACAUGUCUGACUUCACGGAGGACCAGAUCAUGGAGUUCAAGGAGGCUUUCCUCCUGUUCGACCGCACAGGUGACGGGAAGAUCACCUACAACCAGUGCGGUGAUGUGAUGCGGGCCCUCGGGCAGAACCCUGUCAAUGCGGAGGUCCUCAAAGUCCUGGGAAACCCUAAGUUAGAUGAGAUGAACCAGAAGAUGCUGGAUUUCGAGCAGUUCCUGCCCAUGCUUCAGGCCAUUGCUAAGAACAAGGACCAAGCCUCCUUCGAGGACAUUGUAGAGGGACUGCGUGUCUUUGACAAAGAAGGAAAUGGUACCGUGAUGGGAGCAGAGCUGCGUCACGUCCUCACCACACUGGGUGAAAAAAUGACAGAGGAGGAGGUGGAGGCUCUUCUAGCAGGACAUGAAGAUGCCAAUGGCUGCAUUAACUAUGAAGAACUCGUUCGGAUGGUGAUGAGCGGUUAAGGAUUCCACAAACACUCCAGCUUGUAUUGUAUUUCCAAUUUUUUGUGUCUUGCCCUUCCAUUCACAUCAUCCUACCUCCUUUUUUUAUUUAGGUGUCUUUAUUUAUUUUCAGUGCCUUUGUCUACUGUGAAUUUAAGAAACGUUUCAUUUCCCUCAUGUUUCAUUUGUUGAAAUAUUCCCAUGAUUAUUUUGUCUUAUUUGUUUAUAAAUGCAUGAGCUGUGAUACAUUACAUUCAUCAGUAUUUAAUAAAGAUCACGGUUUACAAAGCUUC